UUGCCCCAUUUUUCCAACCACUUUGUUGAAAACUUUUGUUUUUUUGUUUGCCUUAAGCAUAUGAUGAUGAAGAACAACCUCAGUUGUCUUAUGUUUCACUUUUUUGGAUGUCUCUUGUUGCCACCUCUUGUUUUCUGCCACCACAUCCAUGGAAACCCUGCCAAUGAUAUUGUUGACAUUAUAAACAAGAAUCGAACAGAUCAAAAGCUGCCUCACUUGAAUGACAGUCCUGGUCUAGGGUGCAUGGCCUUACAAUAUGUUGAAUUAUGCAAAGGGAACUGCACUGAUAACAAUGUUGUAAACUGCAAACCUCCUGAAGAUGACUUCACUGAAGUGUUUGCUCCCAAUUGUGGUGUAGAGCUACCCACUUUUGGAACCAUAACUGGACACAUUGUGGGUUGCCAAAAAAAGUAUCUUGAGCCAUCAUUAGCAUAUUCCCAAGUUCUCAUUAAGGAUAAUAAAUCUUUGUCUCUUCUAAGAAACAAAUCACAUACUGAAGUUGGAGUAGGCCUUGUUGGACUCCAUAAAGGGCCUUUCUUUUGGUGUGUUUUAUUUAGCAAUGGCCAAACAAACUCUUCAUUUGUGCUUGAAAAUCGUGGUGCUGGGAUCAAGCAAAAAAAGGGGUGUUAUAGUGGAAACAAUACUCCAUGCAGUGAGGGGAAGAAAAGUAGUGUUGCAUUUUUUAACAUCUUUUUCAUGGGUUAUGUAUUCAUUUUUCUGUCUAAACUUUUGUGAUCAAUUUACAAUAAUGCAAGAUC